AUGACGGACCUCGUCGAUCGGACGUCCGGCACGGAUGAGCGACGUAAGAAGAUGAAAAAUACAUAUACGAUGGACUCCGAAGCCAGGUCGUGGAAUCACGAGUUCGCCCCAGCCAUCGCCAUCGGUCGGAUCGGGACGGAUACCCUGGUUCCGAUUCGCCUCCCGAGAUGGCAGGGAAGGAGCAUCAUGCGACGCUUUUGCGGAUACGGAUGGCGAACCAUGCAUGGAAGGGGCCGACGAUGGGAUGGAAUAUCCGCCGAUGAUGCUCCCAUCUCCGACGAGGGACCCCCGACUCUAAUGCGUUUCCAUCACGGCGGAGGUGGAGGUGUCAUGUUGAUGGAGCUGGUGGAGAAGGGGAGGGCGACGGUGGUGGGGGAGACGCUGGGGAGGCUCAUGGGGAGGUCGCAGACGUACCAUGUGCAGCGGUUGCAUCGCACGCUGGGGGCGAGGGCGAAGGAUAAGCCCCUGGACUCGUGGGUACUGGUGCACAGCCUGCACUCGGAGGGAGCCGGGGGGAUCCUCGACCCGGACGACCGCCUGCGAGACGUGACGGAUGACCGCGAGGAGAUCCGCGCCGUGUUCGACGAGGAAGGCGGGGACGGCGGAGGGGCGCCGUCGCUGCACGCCGCGGGGGACGGGACCUCCGCCUCCACCUCGCCGGAGAUCUUCCAGGGCGUGGAGCAUCGAUUCCAGCCGUUCGAUCGGAAGGACAUCGAGAUCACGGGUGGGAGCCCGACGAAGGAAGGCGUGCAUCUGCAGGUGAGGCGCGGGAGCGAGCCGGCGCUGGACCUGCUCUCGCCGCCCGAGCCGUGCCCCGCGCCGGCUCGACGGGACGAGCCGGGUCACGCCAAGCGGUGGUCGGCGGCGCCCGUCAUCGACGACGACGACGGGGAAUCGCCAUCCGGACACGUGAGUGGGGGCAGCACGUUGGACGUGCGGGACGGCAGGGAACUCGGGGGGAUCUUCUUGGUCGGCGUCACCGUGGCGAUCUUGGCCCCACCACCGACGGCUGAAACCAUCAUCGUCGCUCGAAUCGACUUCACCGACGGAGACGGAACCGGAAUCGAGAAAUGCUCAAAUGAAUGCUCACAGCGUUCGUGCCCGUCGACCAGAGCCCCGACCGGCGACGCGUCGGCGAAUCUCCUCUUCACCUUCAACUCGAUCUCGGGAGUGCUCAUCGCCUCCCGAAACACCUCUUGCGCCCUGGACCCACCGAGCGACCGUGAGCGACCACCGACGACCUCGCGCAACCCCCCCACACACCCCCACACACCCCCACCUACCUCUGAAAGCUGA